UAUGAAAUACAUCAUGGAGUGGGAAUAAUAUCAGAGCAGAUGAUGUUGAAGAGUUCUGUGUCGAGUGUUUCAUGUGAAAGGCAGACAUCAACCGGAAUCAGGAGAGCCGAAAAGCAGCGUGAGACUGCAGGAAAACCACACACAUGACGUUUCCUCUUUCUACAUGUCAGACGUGCUGUUAAACUCUCUCUCUCUCUCUGUGUCGUCUGUCAGCGCAAGAGAACACCAAGAAUCUCAGGCGGAAUCGUUGAAACCUGAGUAACUUGUAUUAGUUGUAUUGAGAGAGAAAGUGAAAGGAUUGAUGAGAAGAAGGAUGUCAGUCGUUCAGGUCUGGCAUCUGUUUCUGUGUCUCACGGGUCUCCUGCAGUGGGAUGUGUGUUCCGGUCAGCAUCGGGUCCAGAUUCAGACGGGUCCUUUGUAUCGAGUGAAGGGAUUUCCCAUGUCCAUCUCAUGUAACGUGAGCGGAUUCAAAGGCCAAUCGGUGCAGGAUUUCCAGUUCUCUGUCAAGCGAGCUGCAAGUCCAGACGUUGCAAUCAAAAUGGUCAGUACUGAUGAUCCAAGCUUUGCUUAUGCGGUCAUCUCGAAGAGAGUACAGGAUAAAGAGAUCGAGAUCGAGAGGGUGACGGAUUCUUCAGUUCUCCUCAAGAUCAAUUCUGUGGAGAUGAGUGAUGCUGGAGUUUACAACUGUCACACCCCGAACAAGGUUGAGGAAUAUCAUGGAACCUAUGAUGCAGACACAACACUUAACGUGAUGGAGGACACACUGGUCGCAUCAUACUCGGGCUCGGCGUCUGUGAGCGCGUCUGAGGGGGAUUCUCUUCUGCUCCACUGUAACGUCUCCACACAGACGUUUCAACACACUCAUGUGUCCGUCAGCUGGUUUCUUCACGGUAAAGAGGACACCCACCCUCGGCCCAUCAUUUCUCUGGACAGAGAUCUGACCGUGAGGCCAGGGGCUGGAUUUGAGGAGCGCUAUCGUUCAGGACUCAUCAGGAUGGAUAAAGUGGACGACACGACGUUCAGACUGAAGAUGCUGGAGGUCCGGCGGUCAGACAGUGGAAACAUCUCCUGUCAAGCCAUUCAGUGGAUUCAAGACCCUGAUCAUCUCUGGAAGCAGAUUGCCCAGAGAACCACCACGCACUGUAAUGUGGACAUCACGGCAGUUGAGAGUAAGCUGUCAGCGGUCAUGCUGAAGGAGAAAGAUCAUGUGAUCGAGGGCGAACGUCUGCGAGUCAUCUGCUCGGUGUCUGGAUUCACAGGUCCUUUAUCAGUGUCAUGGCAACACAAGACAGACUCUGCAGAUUCCUUCAGUGACAUCAUCGGUCUGACUCACGAUGGCGUGACGGACGAGACACAGGGCAGAGAUAUUCAAACGUUUCGCUCUUCAGGUGGAAACAUCACGCUGGACAUUAAUGACGUCAUGACAUCAGACGCGGGUCAAUACAAGUGCAUCGUGACUGAAUGGAUCAUACAAAACAAUGGCAUGAUGAAAAAAGCCAACACUCAAUCUCAAAAAGACAUUUCAGUUAAAGCUAUUGACUUACAGGUGACGUUGAAAGGUCGUGGAACAAACGGGGUUGAAGAUUCACCUGUAGAACUCAUCUGUACAGUCAGAGGACCCCAAACCCCUCUGUCUGUUAACUGGUUGUUUAUGCCCUCACUUUCAUCCACUUGGAGAAAUAUUGUGUCAAUAAACCACACGGGAGAAAUCAUGUGGGGAUCAGAGCAGGGAAACUAUCAGCUGUCUGUUCAGAUCCAGCCGUCGGUUGGGAAUUUUGCUCUGAGGAUUGUGAGAUCCAGCAGACGACAGCAGGGAAACUACAUGUGUGAGGUGAACACAUAUCAGAAGAACAUACAGAAAACCAGCACGAACUCAAACUCUUUAGCUGUGAUGGUACGGAAACCUGUCAGCAAGUUAACCCUUUCCAGACCCAGGUCCUCUUUGGAAAGCACCGUCAACACUGAUGUUAAGAUGGAAUGCUCAGUCACCAAGGCAACCACAAACAGCUCUCGAUUCAAACUAACCUGGAUGUUUGGAUCUCAGAUGCUCUUGACUAUGGACACAGAUGCUGUUGUCAGAUUUGGUCCUGCUGCUGGCCUGGAGAUGGAGCAGAGAUUUCGCAUGGAAAAAAGUGAGAAACAGACCUUCAUGCUGAACAUCCAUCAGGUGCGCACAUCUGACAGUGGAGAGUACAGGUGUGAGGUGGAAGAGUGGCUUCAGGAUCCUCUCGGUGACUGGUCUCCUCUAGAGAAGAAGUCUGUUUCAACACAGCUUCACAUCAAAGAUAAAGGAAGUGAUUUUAGGAUGAAUAAAGCAAACACUGAGCUGAAGGUUAAAGAAGGAGAGCCGCUGACGCUGAAGUGUUUGGUGGACGGUGUUGGCAGUGAUUCUACACUCCGUUACUCGCUUUCCUGGUUCUUCAACCAAAACCAGUCCUCCAGUGUGUCACUGCUCACUUACAGUUACGACGGACGAUUAAAGUACAAUGACAACGACGAGGGACGAUUUCACUUGUCCAGUUCAGAAGUGGGCUCAUUUCUCUUGAUCAUCCCUCGAUCCCUUCAGGAAGACAGCGGACGCUAUUAUUGUCAAGUUCAUCAGUACCAGCUGGACUGUAAAGGCCAAUGGACAAAUAAAGCAAGUGACACGUCAGCUUCUACUGAUGUUAGUGUUCAUCCUUUAGACAGUAAACUGCACGUGCAGAAGGAGAACCGAAACCUCAACGUUACAAAUCUACAAGCAGGCUUCACCGUGGACUGUUUGAUUGACAUGCGAUCCAGUGACGUGUCUGUGUUUGAGGUGACUUGGUCCAAGGGUCUGAAAGAUGAACGUCCCGUUAUCAUCUUCAACGCCAGCCGCGACGGAACCCUACACAGUGCCGUUAGUGACAAAGAGCUGCUGUUUGGACGCCCAAGUGCCACACACUAUAAACUGAGCGUUCCAAACAUCCACCCCAGCGAUGUGGGACUGUACCGCUGUCACGUCGUCGAGUGGAUUCAGACGGCACCAAACCACUGGAGAAGAAUAGGUGAAGACGUAUCUGGAGAGCUGUCGGUGUCUGUAGAGACGGAGGAUGAACCAAAAGAAAUCACUUUUACCACGAACACCACUGACAAGCGUCUUGACAUUAAAGAAGGAGAUUCUUUUGAGCUUGCGUGUUCUCUGAAUGUCAUUAAAGAAGACCCGACCCUCCGCUACACACUCCGCUGGGUUUUCAAUAGCCUGAAAUCUAGCAGCAGGAUUUCUUUAUUAGAAUACUUGAAUGAUGGGCUUCUAGAGUACCACGAGGAGAACAAGCAACGGAAAAACAGGUUAAGCUUCUCCAGACCAUCUCUCGGUGUGUUUCGUCUGGUUGUACUGAACUCCGAUAGAGAUGAUGAUGAUGGACAAUACCAGUGUAUGAUUGACCAGUACCAGCUCAACUGUGAUGGGACAUGGAAACAAACGACAUCUGGCAAAUCAGGCGUAACUACUGUCAACGUUCACAAUAUAGAGAGUAAACUGCACGUGCAGAAGCAAAACCAAACGCUCCACAUUACCAAGCUGCCGGCUGAAUUUACCAUUAACUGUGAGAUUAAAUCUUGGUCCAGUGAUAAAUCUGCUUUUGAGGUCACCUGGUUCAAAGGUCACGAGCAAGAUCAACCAAUCAGCAUCUUUACUGCCAAGCGUGACGGUACCUUAGACAGUGCAUUCAGUGAAAAGAAUCUGGUGUUUGGACGGCCUCGUGUCAGAUACUACACACUGACCAUACGAAACAUCAACCCCGCUGAUAUGGGCCAAUACUACUGUCAGGUAGAUGAGUGGCUGCUAACGUCUGCUAACAUCUGGAAGAACGUGGCUUCUGAUCAAUCUGGAGAGAUCUCUGUUCAUAUUCACAUUAAAGGUGAAAGAGAAGAACAGACUGACCCUUUAGGAAUAUCUCUGGGAGUUUUGAUUCCUCUCAUCUGUGUUCUUGCGUUGAUCAUCGUAAUACUGUUGAUAAGAGAAUACAAGAGAAAUUCUGAUCUAAAGAAGAAAGAGUGCCUAUGGGCUGAAAACAACCCGCUCAACCCUGUUAAGACUGACGCUGGAGGAGAUCAACCAUAACUUCAUCACAUCACAUACAGUACAGGGUUGCUUACAGAAUACACAUGAGCACAACACCGAGAAACAAAAUGCUUCAAAAAAAUGGACAAUUAUAUAUAAACUUGAAAAUGAUAUAACUUUGUUAUUUUGAGGGUUUUAUUGGAAUGCCAAUACAACUUGGUAUAUUUGUUUGGGAUAAUGCUGGCCAGCCUUGUCUAGUUUAAAUGACAAGAAAUCAAAAAUCUAAAGACACAGUAAUGAAUAAAUGUGGAAUAAAAUAGAGUUUUUUGGCUUCAGGCGGUAACACAGAUUACUUUUAUUGAACAAAUAAUUCACCACACAAGCAAAAAAUCAUAUAAUUUGCUUUGUAUUCAUUUGAUCUUAGUUAUCCUAGUUUUAUUUAUUAUAAUGUUGACAUUGUUGGCAUGCUGAAGAUGGAAACUCAAGAUUAUGAUGCAACAGAGAAACUUUCAAACAUGCAUAAAUGCACUUAGAUCUCAAAUAAAUUUGGAGUCAUGUGAAUGUGUUCAUAAACACAUUUGUUAUUGUUACAGAUAUGAUAAAGCUAUGUUUCAUUAAAUGAAUCCACAUGUCUCUCUGCCCACAAGCAUACGGUUCAACAGUUGUAAGUCAAACCAUCAUCUGCUCUGAGCAGACCUGUGGCUGAGGUUUCUGCUGAUCUCACAAUGAAAGCACAGGGGAAAUGCUUGCUUUGCAAAAACUCAAAGUGCAUGACUAAAACCACAGAAAAGUUAACAGUACCACACAUUUUAAAGACAGGUCAUCACUGUCAAAACCUUUGAUAAGUUCUCUGAAUUUGGCUUUAAGUCAUUUCAGUUUACUAUUGUGUGAAAAUGUUUUACAUUAGCCUACUUCAACUCAUCAAAACAUGUUAUAGCAACUCACCACUGGCACACAUUUUCUUUUCAUUUCACAAUCGGACUGUUAUAUUUGGGAGCUUGUUUUACUGUGCUUUUGUCCAAAUACCCAUUGAGUUCCUCAAGGGCUUUACCUAUAUGUACAAACACUGACCUCUAUUGAGCAAGAGGAAACGUUGAGAUGUGCUUACUGCGAUCCUUCUUUUUGCAUUUGUACUGCCCACGCCGUCAUCAAUCCCACAAUCCAUCGCGAGGUGCUACAGCGGUCACAGCGAAACUGUGGGUUGUUGUCAUUAGUUUGUCUUUCAGGUAAACCAGCCUUCUAUCAUGUUGAAGCAAUAUUAUGAAGUGAAAUGUGAACAAGUCAACGUGUUUGUAUUUACCUGUACGGCUUUACAGCGUAGAUUUAAAGUCCCAGAGAAAAUAAAAAAUACUAUUCUUAUUUUUACAUGAAAUAUUGCAUAUUGAAAUAUUGCAGCGUUUAUAGCAAAUAGCUUAUCAAUGUGGAUCUUUUUUUUUUUUAAUUCACGUACCCUCAUAAUCUUCAGUUAAAACCUGAAAAUGCACUUCCACCCUGAAAUGAUAUGGAGGAAUUUCAUGAUAUGUCUUUAUGUUAUUGAUCUGUCUUUAUGUUUUUGAUCAUUAUUCACUAUGUAUUGCUCUUCGUUUUAAACACAUUUGUAUGAGAUUCUGAAAAGCACCCUGCACAGCUGUGUUUUUGAUGUCUGGCAGUGUUUAUGAAAUCUGGGGACUUUUUCCGGCCCCAACCCUACAGUAUGACCAAAUCUGGGCAUGUUCCGCCCCGUUACUAUGACUAUAAUCUACAUUGAGCAAGGCCACAGAGAAGGAGGUGAAGAAGGGGAAACAGGUCAUGAUGACCAUGACAUAAUUGUGGUGGGCGAGGAUAUGUAAAAAUAUAUUUUAAAAAUGAGGUAAUAGCCAGCCUACCAUGAAUAAAUACGCACCUUGUUGCCUGGGAUAUAUUGGUGGCAGAAAAUAACAAUUGGUUAAUAAAAAUAAGAGAUAACAGGAAUCUACCUGACUGGUUUUAGAAAGGACCACCUUUCAGAAGUUUCACUAUAACUGUAGACUGAAAACACUUGGUUUUUAGAUGACUUGGAACAUCUCACUUUGUUUGGCUCGAGCAAAUAAAGUUAACUCCUUGACACCCGGACCUUCUUUGUCUGAGAGAUUUUUUGA